AUUAUUGUCUUAUUUGCUAGAAAAUACGCGAUAUGAUAAGUCUGUGAUAGAGUGGGGUUGUGUACAUGUUAUCUGUCCGAAUCUUCGAUCAUAUUUUCAAAACUUGUCAAUAUAAGUGAACGAUGGCAUAUUUUGUAGCAAUCUGUAAUAUGAUAACGAUAACGGUUCUCGAUUCGUCGUGGUGAUGUGAGUCCAAGUACGUUCUCUAUUUUUCCAUUUCAUUAUUCAUGUACAUGACGUUUGGAAAAUUUAAUUUAUGUUAUUUAACAAUCGUAAACGAAAAAUAACAAUUUUUUUACACUUACGAAUUCGUGUGUCAUUGUUUUUCGUUGGUUUUUUACUCGAAUACAAAUAUUAUGGUUCGAGAAAAAAAUAAUGAACUUUUUCCAUGAAAAUUGUGUUGCAUUUCGCGUGCAAUUUAAGUGAUUUUAUAGACAUGAUAACAAAUUAAUUAUGGGAAUUCAAAAAAAGUGUUUUGUGAAGCAAGAAAUAAGUAUGCGCUUAUAGUACUUGUGGCAUAAUUAUGGUCAUUGCGUAGAGACAUUGUAUUUGUACGCGACAAUACUGAAUGGCUGAAGCUAUGAAGCAGCACAUGAAAUUGUUUUUCGGACAAUGAAAGCGAAUAUCAACUUACUACUUCACGUUUUUCAAUUGAUUUUCAUAUGCAAAUGUUCGUAUAUUCAAAAAUGUUGCGAUAGAAGACAGCAAUUGGACGUCAACUUUGAAACGUGUAUAGAUUUCGAUGGCAACGACGGUGUAGAGAUGUACGAAACUGGCAGCACAUACGAUAAAGAUGGUAUUCACUUCGUGAAAAAUGGUGAAAAUGACAGUCAUCAUGUUUGGUGGUUGCCUCCGGAUAUUAAAUUCAUUUCAUCAAAGUCUCAGUCGCCGGGAUUCAAAGUGGUACAAAUUCAAUUCAGCGAAUUAACCGAUAUGGAAUUUUUAUUCAAUAAGACCUACCCGUGUUCUAUUACGGAAAGAGAAAUUGUUCCUUUUGCCGAUUACGUAUUCAUUCUUGAAAAUGGAUCUUUGUUGAUUACAAACACAGAAGACAAUGUGAGGCCUAAAACGAUUCUAUUUCCCUAUAACUCAUAUUGUGUGGAUCGUGUAUCUAGAUUGAGUAAAAAUCAGAGGAAAGGAAGGCCUGGGCAUAUUUACGAUCACAGUUUUGUCAUUUUAUUAUGUCCUUGUUUGUACAUGCCAUGUGUUAGAAUGUGCUGCAAAUGGAAACAUUUUUUAAACGUCUCGAAAACUCCGGAAACCUGCGAGUAUUCCCCCAAUAUCACACUCAAAUGGAAUUUGAAAUAUAAAGACGAUUCUUUCGAAGAAGUCGCUAAACCGCCAGAAAAGUACAGCACGGUACAAAAUCAACCAAAAUGCAAACACGGCGAAUACUAUUUGAAUAAAAAUUUAAACGAUUCGCUAAAAUUUUGGAUUUUACCUAAUGGCAAUAUUCAAGCCGAAGGACAUCCUUUUGAAAUAGAAUUCGAGGAUUACUGUGUUCAUUAUUGGAAUAUUAACGGAAGUUUCCAAACCAAUUUACGAAUUUGUAAAGUACCUGAUGAACAGGAGGCUCCUACCGAAUUUCAACGUAUUUUGUACGGUACCUAUUUCGCAAUUGGAACUUUCUUUCUGGCUCUAACUCUUUUGAUAUAUGGAGUAGUGAAAGAAUUACGAUCAGCGACUCAUGCACAUUAUUUAAUGGCUCACGUAUUUUGCAUGUUUGUUUCGUCCUUAACGCUUACCUUCAACGAAUUUUUUUUCUCCAUUUUUUCGAAACAUAAUUUUUGCAUCAUAAUUGCUUACUCGAUGCAGUUUUCUUUUAUAGCAGCAAUGUUUUGGUUGAAUGUUCUGUGUAUUGAUAUUUCAGAAACUUUUAAAGGAUACUCAUCGUCAAGUAAAUUCAUUUUUCCAAAAAAAGGUAGAAAGUAUUUUAUAUUGAAUUCCAUUUAUGUGUGGGGAGCUAGUUCGAUUAUAACUGUGAUCACGAUGAUCGCUGACAAUACAUCCAUUUUGGAAAAAUCUUUCAGACCAGAAUUUGGAGUACGAUAUUGUUGGUUUUAUGGCGAUACAGCCAAAUUUAUUUAUUUUUACCUUCCUGUGAGUGUGGUUCUCAGUUACAAUCUUUACUUAUUCCUGUCUACUGCCAGACAAAUUAUAAAAUUGCAGAGGGAUUCGAAUAGACUGUUUAAUCAAGAAAGCAAAAGAUACGUGGGGACGCAUAAUUUCAAGAAAGAAACUCACAAAUUGAUGUUGUAUGCAAAAUUAUUCGGACUCAUGGGUGUCACGUGGAUAUUCGAAAUAUUAUCAUGGGCUAUCGGUGGACCUCCUUACUUCUGGUACGUUACAGAUGCAAUAAACUCUCUAAGAGGUUUAUUUAUAUUUUUAAUUUUUUGUUGUAAGAAAAAAACGUUACUCAUGUUUUUAAACUCAUUUUUAAAUAUUCCUAAAACAACGUAUCCUCGUACUAGUCAACAAUCGAAUUCUUCUUCCACAAAAACUGAUUGUACGUCCAUUACAAAUAAAACAAAUUCCAUUCAAUUGGAAUUGGCCGAAUUUUCUAAUCGAAAUGAAGAAACGAAGUAAUUCGACGAAAAAAAAAACAAUAGCGGAAGUACAUUAUUAAUGUACCUACCUACAUAUGUCAUAAA